UGCAUCACACAUAUGUCGUAACACAUUAGGUAAGGAAACAGGACAUUGGGUCAACUCCAUAAAAACGUUUAAAGGGAUCCUCAUUGGCAUUUGAGGGGAGAGCUGCUGUCGUCUCUAAAGGAUUUAAAGUCAUGUCGUUCUUCUACUCAUUUGAGGACUACACUUCAAAUUAUACCCAUGACAAUCACACACCCUACGUUGUGAAUCCAAAUACUUUAUCAUGUGAGACGGAACCGCUCACUGCGACACCAGCUAUCAUACUGUGUCUCAUCCUCAUAGCCAUCUUUUUACUGGCCAUACCAGGGAACCUGUUAGUGGGGUGGGUGAUCGGCACCAGCAGACAGGCCAGGACUCCAUCAGACAUAUACUUGUUCCACCUGACGAUAGCAGACGGACUGAUGGCCCUGACCAUACCGUUCUGGGCCAUCGCGUUGCUUAAAGGAUGGAUCUUUGGGGACUUCCUGUGUAAGUUCCUCAGCCUCACAUUCGAAACAAACUUCUACACCAGCGUCCUCUUCCUGGCCUGCAUUAGCAUCGACCGUUAUCUGGUGAUCGUGCACGCAAGUGAGAACGUUGGGACUCGACAGAGGAAGUGCAGCCGGAUCCUGUGCGGGGCGGUUUGGGCCUUCGGUUUGGCCCUUGCUCUUCCCGCACUUUUCAACGAUGCCUUCAAGCUAACCACAAACUCAGAGAGGAUUAUCUGCCACGAAAGAUUCGACAUCGACAGCGCCAGCUCAUGGAGGAAUGUCACGCACGGUUUCCGCCAUAUUUUUGGCUUCUUUCUCCCUCUGUUUGUGAUGAUAAUGUGCUACAGCAUCACCAUCACCAAGCUAUUGCAAAGUCGAGGUUUCCGGAAGCACCGUGCCAUGAAGGUCAUCAUAGCCGUGGUGGUGGUGUUCCUGCUGUGCUGGACGCCGUACCACAUGACCACGAUUAUAGACCUCCUCAUGAAGACAGGUCUGAUUCGCUAUGACUGUGCUUUGAGGAUGUCAGUGGACCGGGCUAUGGUGAUAACAAACGGCCUGGCUCUGUUCCACAGCUGCAUCAACCCUGUCCUCUACGCCUUCGUGGGAGAGAAGUUCAGGAUGAAGAUGAUGCAGCUUUUUCACUGGAAAACCAGAGCGGACUGGGUGUCAAAGAUCAGCAGGUCCACAUCGCAGACCUCAGAGGGCAACGGAGCUGUUCUCUAAACGUCAAGCCAAGUACAUUUCACAAAUUCGGUCCUUUAUUUUUUGCUGCACUGCUGCCAUCUACUGAAUGUACUGUUGUUGACAUGUCUACUAUUGAACCCUCCCACUUUUCAAGCCUCUGAGGUGGUUUUUUUUCAUUAAUUGAUCAUUUACGUUGCUUUAAAUGGACCAGAAUUAUGAUUCAGGAAAUGCUUUUUCAAUCAACGAAUCAUGGAGUGCAUGCUAUUUUAAAUAACCAUCAGAUGCCCCAAGAGUAAUUCAACAGUGACACCGCUUUCAUAAAAUGUUCCUGUGUUUAUUGAAAUGCUGUAAAGUAUAUAUAAACUGUUAUAUACUGUAAAUAGUGAUGUUUUUAUCAUUACAACUCAAUAAAUGUUUCAAAUGUUAUUCACAUUUCAUGAUCUGAUAUGUUCCUUCAAAUAAAAUAUUUUGCAAAGUUACACAAUAUUCACAUAUCACGUAGGUAUAAUAGGAAUUAUAACAUCAUAAUAUUGCUAUACAACAUGUAAUGAAUUUCAUAUUUUAUCAUUAGAAAUAUCGCUAAAUGAUUUUGUUGAUUACACUGUUAUUUGUCCAGCAGAAGGCGAACACUUGCAAUAAAAAAAGUUCUAUAAAAGAUGAAAUGUA